GACAAGCAUUGGAGCAGUUUAACCAACCAGAGCCGCCCGCCGCAGCCGCAGCUCCUGUCGCAGCUGAAGUACCCGUCGCACCCGGAUCUCCUAUGGUUACUCAGGCCCUUGUUUCUUCUCGUGGACACAUGACAACCGCUGCUGAUGGACCGAAUGUUAAGCAUGCCGGCCAGAAGACCGCUCAACUCGAGGCAUUCGUGAAUAAGAAGAUUUCGUACUUCAUCGACGACUCAAACAACCGGCUCCAUUUUGUUCUCAACUACAUUGGUCCGCAAACCUUCACUGCCCCCGCGUUGUCCUUCGCGCGUCAAGUUGAAGGCAAAUGGAAGCUCGAGAAUUGGAAGCAAGACAGCUGGCGCCCCCGAGCCGGUGAGGGAAAUAUUCACGCCCUCUUAGCUACCAAGCACAACCUUCGUCACGUUCGUAACAUCUAUGGCUACCUGCGAUGCCAUAAAGAGAUGUUUGUCCGCAGACUCGCUCAUUCCAAGAACCUUUCGCUAGACAGCCACCAGCGAGGAGAUUAGGAAGACUCUCGGUACGGUUUUAGUAGCAAUAUGGGUGGAAAAUUGGCCAUCCGAAUCGUCCCCCCUGGUGAAAAUGGCACCUUCACUACUAGCGCCCGAAUCUUUUUUCGCGACAUUCAUGAGAAUGGCGGUGAGGAGAUCAGAGAUCCUCUUAGUGGCGUAAAGGCGGAACCCAAGGACAUCAAUCGUAACGAUAUGAUAUUCUGGAUCGAGGAACAGGUCCUCCGAGAGUUCUAUAAGAUUCAUAAGAAGAUGAAAGCGGAAGUUGAGAGAGACGAGGAGUCCAAAGUGGAGGAUCGUGGCGAGGGUACCUCCACUUAGUUCGCCAGUCUUGCGGCAUUAGGUUUUCACCGCAGGAAUUUGCGAAAGUGCUAGGAACGGAUGAAGGAAGGAUACACUAUUCCCAUUGACGUCGUAAUAGUCCUCUUGCCGAUACUGGUUAUUGUAUGCUCUGACCUUCCAUAGUGCAGUCGAUUGCAUAGGUAUUGCUUGCGCGUAGGGUAGGAC